AUGGCGUCGUGUACUCCAAAGAAAUCUGUGUCUGACAAAAUUUUGAAUUUAUGUCGUUGCUGCAAUUGUGAUAAUGCACGUCGUGUUCCUCUCUAUGGUGACAAAUCUAAAGAGGAAGGUCUAGUCAAAAUGAUUGUUCGCUUUGCGCAAUUAGACAUUUCUGAAAAUGAUAAUUUUUCUAAAUGGGUUUGCCGCUCUUGCGCAAUGAGGAUCAGUGCAUUAAAAAAGAAAAUAAACGAAUUUAAGAGUCUUUGUAUAGAGACGAUGAAAAAGCAAAAAGAAGAAUUAGAAAGCGCAAGAAUGAAAAGAGGCAGAAAAGACUGUGAAGUCCAAAAACUUCUUCCCAAGUUGCUUCUCUUAACGUGCCCAAGCGGUCCAGAGUAUCCGAACAUCGCGCGGCGCGUUCGUUAUCCGGAAUGUUUCAGUCAAUCGCCCCAAAGCCUUUAUGCACUCAAUCGCAAUGCAGUAGUUCCGUUCAGUUAACUCCCUCACAGCCAGAUUCAAAUUCAGAUCAACAGAAAACUUUACCAGCGUCGUAUCCAAAAACUAGUCAAACCACUGCGAGCAGGCUAAAGUCAGCAGACUCGGAAGAGGUUACCGAAGAGGUUUCUCUUUUAUCUACUUGUGGAUUGCAAGCACUCAAGGUAACGAAAGCAUUUCUAUUCAAUUAGAAAUCAAAUCGGUUACAUUUUUCAUCACAGAUAACAUAUUUAAUGAACGUAUUAAUUUUCACUUUAUUUUCAUGUCAUAUUCCUUUGUUCACGCAUGAAAUUUGAUAUUUUUCCCACAGAAUGAUGCCAAUGUAACUUCCACUCUUAAUUCAACGCAAAAAAACAAACUGAUAGAUGAAAUUGUAAAAGGAUCUCCUACGUACUUGGCUAGGACUAUAAUGGAAAUUCCCGAGUUAAAGAAAUGUGUGAUUGUUUUGUUCCUCGACGACAUCAGCGAGAAAUGCAAAAAACUUUGCGUGAUAACUAAAUCGCCUUCUGUAUUACGUGUUUCGCGGGAGCAACAGAGAAACCUUGCCGAUUUUAAAUGGAUUACUGUUCUACGUGAAAUGAAGGAACGAGUGCCCGAAGUACUGAAUAUUUUAAUGGCAAUAGCGGUACCUCGUAUAAAAAAUGACAGUUCACAAGUGCCUCCAUUAUGUACUGCAUUUGGAAUAUUGAUGCAUACACGUAACAGGGAGUUGUCUCUAGUUCAGAAACUAAACACGGUUGUCAUCGGAGCAGGACAUGCCACAAAAAAGGUAUGGAUUGCAGUUUCUUUCCUAAGAGCUUUAUAUAAUACAAUAAGUGGUGUAGCUCUUUCCUAAGAGCUUUAUAUAAUACAAUAAGUGGUGUAGCCAUAAUACAAUAAGUGGUGUAGCCAUCCCCCCAAUGACCAAAGCUAAAAUCCGGGCAGACAGGCUAAAAUCCGGGCAUAUAUUGGUGGGGGGAGUACGAUAUACAAUUUCCGAUGUAUAAUCUUCGGAUUUCUGUAUAAUCUCACCCCAAAAAUCCUUACAUAAUCGCAUUUUCAGGUGAAGCAUGCCCCAGGACCCUAAUCACUUUCACGACGUGGGCGUUCACUUCGCCCCCUCCCCCCCCCCAAAAAAAAAGUCUUGGCUACGCCACCAAAUAUAAUAAUGACAAUUGAUUCUUCAAUUAAUUCAGGUGUUUAUUUAACUGGAGUUCCCAAACGCGCUACAACAAUACAUUCACAAGAUUGCUUAUCGGAAGAUUUUAAUUGUGCGCAUCGCGUGUUUAUGUAGCAACAUAUUACAACUGCAUGCCUGCGGGCAGGUUCGGUGAACGGGCCUGACUGGUUUAACGCCUUGUUUUCCACUUCACACCAUAUCGUACUGAAUCGUGAUAAGGGAGUGGUCAUUAUGGGGGGAGUUGGUAAUUGGGGAAAAUAGGGAUUAAAAACUUUUAUGACCACCCCCCCCCCCAGACUGAAGGCAAACGUUCUGUGCCUCCCCCUCAUAAAAGUAGAACUUUUCUGAGCCCCCCAGUGUGGAUUGAAAUAUUAAAUAUGGUGACAAAAAGUUUGGUGUGGUAUCGUAUGUACUAGUAGGGGGGUCUGGGGGUAUUGUUCCUCAGAAAAUAUUUUGUAUUUUUCCACUCCUAGGACUGAAAUGUGAGCAUUUUCUGAAACAGAUUUUUGGAUAUACAUUUACAUUGUGCUUUGAUAGACCAAAUCUGAUCAGUUAAGUGUACUUGCAUGGUAUGUAGAUACCACAACUGGGUCACACAGGGGGUAGGAAACUUGACUUAGUGUGCACGACUCCCACAGUCCCACGAGGCGCUACCAUGGUCGGCGCUGAGCAGGGAAAGUUUUGAAAAGUUUGAGUCUCUAGAUCGUUGGAAAUAGACUUUUAAAUUAAAAGACUUUAAGAAAAGGUCUGUGUUAUUCAUCUAUUAGAUAUCUAAGCGUUCGUGUCUUUCGUCGUCAACGACAUUAUCAGAGAUAGAGAUGUGGUUAGGAUAGGUGUUAUAUAUACAGUGUGAAUAACUAUUUUCCACAAUACAAUUAUUUUAAUAUGUUACGGAAGGACAACUUUAUGGCGAAUAUAACCUUACUUGACGUAUUUACAUUCGCGUGGCACUAUUUUCGUCGUCUCAAAUUGGCGCAAUUUAAAUUGGCGCACCCUCAAUGCGAUACUUUCGCGCAGUUUUAAUUUCGCACACAUUCAAACAAUAUAAUAUAUAAGCAACGCCAAAUGUAACUGUCACGACGAAUCUGAUAACUGAAACGUUAUUUAGAAUAAUUACAAAAAAAACAACAGGAAAAUGAUUCUUUUCUAUCCUGUAUUGCCCCAUCUCCUAAUCACAACCUGAAAACAUCGAUGUGUUUAUGUUCCUUUCUAUCUUGUCAUUAUCUGUAGAAUUUUUGCAAUACACAACUAUACAUAUGCACGUCAAUUAUGUUUUGCGCCUAUAAGUUUAAUUAGAAUUUUGACCUGGAAAGGACUAUUAUUUCGGUGAUAAUUAACUUAUCAAUUACUUUUCGGUUGCUAACUUUCUUACAAUUGUGAAAUAGAAGGGUUUAAACAUUGUUCGCUGAAUGUUAACGAGCACAGUAGCUUUUACAAUAGGCUUUUAAGUAUUGUCUUACAUUUACAGACUUUCCAGAGACUUGCGAAGCACGGAGUUACCCAGAGUAGAGAGAGUUUCAGAAAUCUAAUGGAUGACGUUGGGGGAGAUUUGAUAAAUGAAAUGAAGCAGUUAGUGAAGACUGAAGGGAAACCACGAAUGGUGUUUGACAACUUUGAUUUCAAAAUACUAGCAAACAUAAUCCUACCUAACCAUCGCAAUUCAGAUAUUCAUUGGAUUGGACAAUUCAUAACAUUUGACAGGUUCCCUUCCGAUCAUUUGGACGAUACCAAACCGCUAGUUAGUGAUAUCAAGUUGUUCAAUAACAAGGAAUACUUAUUGACCGAAAUGGAACUUCAGACAGUAAAGUCAAACUUUUGCACUCUUGUCAUGAGGAUAUUGGUGGAAUUCUUCCCAUGUAUGAAACCGUUAAAGAGUGUGGUCGUUGAGCAUAUACCGCACAGGUAACUCAUAUAGAACUGUUACCCAAUCUCGUUCCCCGAACCUGCGAUCCUCGGGAAGGAACGUGAGGCUCUGGAAUAAUCCGUUUCAGGGGAGGAAUCUGAUUGGCCGUUGAUAUGAAAUGCACAGUUCAAUCUUAGCUUAUCUUAGCCAGGAUUCCUGGCUUCCGGCAACGGAUUAUCCCAGAGCCUCACGUUCCUUCCCCUUCUGGGGCCGGUUGUAUAAAAAAGUGAUUAAAGUUAAAUAUAAUUAAGUGGAAACGUCAUCCAAUAGAAGCGCCUAUUUGAAAGUUAAUCACUAUUUAACUACAAAAUAGUGAUUAAGAGUUUUAUACAACCGGCCCCAGAAUGUGAUAUAUACAUCUUUUAUGUUGAGGUGACAGGAAAACAGGUGCAAUAUGGUGUUUUGAGUAAAAAGUUAGAAAUUUUGAUUUCCAGCACCACAUUGGUUUUAAAUAAUCAGCAAUUGUGUUACUCGUCACGUGACUAAAAUUAAUUUUUAUUUAUGCCCAAAAGCAAAAAUUUUUGCCUAAACCACAAGAAACAUUUACAGAAACGUUCUUGCGUUGUAGAUAAUUAGUUCUAUUAAGAACAAACAACAUUAACCAUCAGCAAACCAAAUUUAGGUACCCGAACUCCAUAUUGGAAAUCAAAAACUCAAUGUAAUUUGCUGAUGCUAAAUGUGACGAAACUUGGCAUGCUCGGUAACAAAUGAUUUAUUUACGUAUUCCUUGUGGUUUCAUUGCAAAUAUUUUCUUUUAAAGGAAUAUUGAGCAUAAAUUAAAAUUUGAUCUGGUUACGUGACCAGCCAGAUAUUUGCGGCUAUUACCCCAUACUUGCUUUAAUUAUAUAUAUUUACUUAUAUCUCUAUUGCGCUCAUUUCGUAAUUCAUUUCGUAAGUCAGAAAUAUUUUUCAUUUCAUUUCACGGAACUUUAAUUGAUCACAGAAAUUCUUGUUUACUGUAAAAGAUACUUUAAUUUCAUUUGAUGGAGUCAGUUUGACCGCGGUUUUCGAUACAAUAAUCAAUUGAAACUAUUCACAAGCAAACCAGCAAGAUGAAAAUUGCUCGUACGGUCUGUUCCAAUAAAUCACAAGCGGGUAUGCGCAUAUGUGCAUGUGGUUUUAAAUUUAAACUGCAACGAAAACGAGUAUUAAUAGGAAUAUAGUAAUAUGGUGGGUGAUUUGAUAUGCUGCGAGUUUGUUUUUUUUUCAUUAUGUUGUUUGGAGUAUCGGGAUUAUAAUUAUAUAAUUAUAAUUAUAUAAUUAAAAUUAAAAACAUUUAUUUAUUCGGUGGAGCUUUUUAUUACGUGAUCUGUGCUUUUUCUGAAUUUUACCAGCAACUUUUAUUGAUUCCUGUUUUUCCUCACUCAUUUCAUCAAAAAGGUACUCAAAGGAAAUGUCAAAGAAGUCAUGUAUAGUAGGUAUGCCAAUCGUCCCGUACAAUCAGACGAAGCAUUCAGACGUUUGCCAAUAUUUAGAAUAUGUGGAGAACUUUCUAAUGGACGUUUUCAAACCAGAGAACGAGCCAGAUAUACCGGAUGAAAAGAAGGAAGAGAAAGCGAAGCAGAAAGAUCGAAUAUUAAAGGGAAUCAAGCUUCCACUUUGUGGUGAUUUGCUGGGCCGUGAAAGGGUGACGGGAGCAAAGAAAACGCGGAUGGGAUGCGAUUAUGAAACGGAAAGGUUUGACAACAUAAUCGAAAAUGUUGCUCAAUGGCACACGAAGCAAUCAUUUUUGGGGGUAAGACCCACUUACAUUGUGUAUUGGCAUCUAUUUUAUAAAUUCCAUUUGAUGUUGGCAGGGCUGCCGAGAGUUUGCAAUCUGAAACAAAACAUUCCCAGGGACCCCUAUGACGUCAUAAUUGAUGACAUUUAACUCAAAUUUAGCAAAUUAAUGUAAUUAACAUUAAAGUAAUUAACAUUAACAAAAUUUAUUUAAUCUUUGCAGUACAUAUGGGAGAAAUUGUACAAAGCAACUCCAGUCUGUGGAAGAGAGGAAGGCACUCUCUACAAUUUUAGACAGCAAUUCAGUAUGUGCAAUGUGUACAAAGACGUGAAGAAGAACUAUAAGAGCGCUGAACAUCUUAUGCUUUGCAGUACCAAGGCAUACAUAUGCAGUGCUUUCAUGACAUGGGCAGGGCUGGAAAGUCUGGAUGACAACCCUAGCCACUUAACCAUCCCAACUACGCGCAGCACGAAAGUCCAAAAACAGGAAUUUGUUGAAUCACAGAUUGGCAAUUUUGUGGAGCAGUACGUUCUAUCAGAAUUUGAUAUUGAAAAAGUUCGGAGGGAAGAAAUCCAGAAAGUAAAAGAAAGCCAAGAGCGACAGUCAAGAAAUGGAAGUGCUCAUCAUGAGCAGACUUUCAAUACAGGUAAGAGCAUCUUCGCCUGCAGCCAUUUGAUCAGCAACGAUUAGUUGUCCUACAGUCACACAAUAUCUACUUCAAUGUAACUAGUAACGAUUCUUUUAAAGACAUUUAUUAACCAAAUCACGAACCUUCCCUAACCUAAAAGGGUACAUAAGAGAGAAAAUAUUACAACUUAUUAAAUUAAUAUGUGUACAAAAAGACUAAAGUAACAGAAAAAUUGUCGAAUUUUGUUACAUACAGUACUGUAGUUUGUAUUGACUGAUGAUAUGCCUGUUCACUACGUCGCUACGUUCAUUAAUGUCUUUUCUUCAUCCAAGUUCAUCCAGAAGGAUCAUGAGUCAUGUUAUGUUAUACUAACUUAAAGAUGGAUCAUCCUUCAGAUGGGUGAUGCGUCUUAACGGCUGAUCUCUCUUUUGGUACAAAUUGAGCCUAUAAUUAUUGAGACUUGUUCGUUUCUUUUCCUAUUUUAAAUCUAAUGAUCCAAAAAAUAUAUCGACUAAAACGCACAAUUUACCAAUUUGCUAUCAUGUUACUAUCAUAGGAGAGAUCGUCAUAAUGGUAUGUGCACGCGAUGUAGCUCAAAGAGAUUAUCAGUACCUUGGUAUGGGCAAAGUAGUUGAGUCUUCUGCAUCUACUACAGAUCAACCAACAGACAAAGUGUUACUAAAAGUCCUUGCAGUGGGAAAUUCAGCAUCAACACUUGUAAAAGUAGGACAAGUUGUUUUAUGGCCUAAAACCAACCUCGCCCUACCACAGCAAAACUCCCAGUCCACAUCUGGAAAUGAUGUUGAUGAAUUCGCCGAUGAAAAUACUGAGUCAGAACAACCUGCGAAUGAUGACCAAUUUAUGAACUAUGCACUGCAAUGUAUUCAGUUGGGUAUUAUGCUAAUGCAACUGAAUGAUACGGAGAAGGAAGGGGACGGUGAGCGAUGUCUCAUGAACUGGAAAUUAUUAAUGCUGUACUUCAGAUCGCGAAGUCGAGGCAUGAAAUAUGCAUUUGAAGCAAUGCGAUUGCUUACAUGUACCAAAGCUUUAUUCACUGAACAAAUGGCUCAUAGAAUUAUCCAUGGACAGUUCAUCAACGGAAAAGGAGGUUCUGGAAACAACUGUUCCAAUGAUUUAAAGAUGGAAACGUUGGUAAAAGACUAUAAAGUUAUUUUAAAGGGAUUGUGUGGAAACAAAACCUUAAAAGCGGUUCAGAGAAGCACUAAUGCAGUAUAUGGAUUGAAAAAUGUGGUGGAGGCGGUUGACAAAGAAAGCAAAGUACCACCGGACUCUAGCAAACAUACGCAUGCCAGUUCUACCAAGAUCAUCCAGGAAAUGAUCAAUGUAUUAGAAAGAGUCAAACCUUUUCAUGAACAACCUGGAAGGGUACUGCUUUCUUUUCCCAAUGUUCCCAAAAGCCCACUUGAGAAAUUAGAUGUGACCGCAUUGCACAACUGGUUAAGUCGCAACAAAAAAAAGCUAUUUGAGAACGCAUUUGCAUCAAGUGAUGAUGCGGAAGAUGAUGCUCAUGAAACAAUCCAACAGGAUGAUGAAACAGAUGAUCAGCUUAGUGAAAGUGAAGAAGAAAUGGCAGUUUUACUUGCCUAA